AUGUCCAUCACUGAAAAGGUCAACUUAACAACGGGAACAGGUUGGGGUUCAGGACCUUGUAUUGGUAAUUCAGGAUCCAUUCCAAGACUUGGUAUUCCAAACUUAUGUUUACAAGAUGGACCAAAUGGAGUUAGAUUCACUGAUUUUGUAACUAAUUUCCCAUCAGAGUUGGCCACGGGAGCAACUUUCAAUAAAGGAUUGGCUUAUCUAAGAGGUAAGGCCAUUGGAAGAGAACAUAAAAUCAAAGGAGUUCACAUUGCUUUAGGACCCGUAAUAGGUCCAAUUGGAUUGAAAGCUGCUGGUGGAAGAAAUUGGGAAAGUUUUGGACCAGAUCCUUAUUUACAAGGUGUAUUGGGCGCAGCCACCGUUGAAGGUAUCCAAGAUGAAGGUGUGGUUGCUACAGCAAGACAUUUGAUAGGGUAUGAACAAGAGCAUUUUAGACAAGUUGGUGAAUGGGAAGAAAAUGGUUGGGAUUGUUUGGAAAGUUCUAUUAGUUCUAAUAUUGGUGAUAGGGCCAUGCAUGAAGUUUAUCUUUGGCCAUUUGCUGAUUUGGUUAGGGCUGGUGUUGGUUCUGUCAUGUGUUCCUUUAAUAAAGUUAAUAACACCUAUGCUUGUGAAAAUUCUUAUUUGAUUAACUAUUUACUAAAGGAAGAAUUAGGAUUCCAAGGAUUUGUGGUUUCAGAUUGGGGUGCACAACACUCAGGAGUUUAUUCUGCUUUAGCUGGAUUAGAUAUGACAAUGCCAGGUGAAAUACCAGAAGAAUGGUUAACUGGAAAAUCGUUUUGGGGCCCUUUAUUAACUAGAGCUGUGUAUAAUGGUACUUUGGGUCAAGAUAGACUUAAUGAUAUGACAAUGAGAAUAUUAGCACCUUUCUUCUCAGUAGAUACUAUUACUUUACCAACUGAAGAUGAUAUUCCAAAUUUUAGUUCCUGGACUUUUCACACUUAUGGCCAAGAAUUUCCUUAUCAACAUUUUGGACCAAUUGUUCAAAAGAAUUGGCACCAAGACGCAAGAUCAGAAUUUAGUGAUAUAACUGCUCUUAGUGUUGCUAGAGAAGCUAUAGUUGUAUUAAAAAAUGAUGGUCACAACCUUCCAAUUUCCAAAACUGAUGGGAUUAGAAGACUAUUAAUAGCUGGUGUUGGAGCAGGACCUGACCCAAAAGGGUUUAACUGCAAAGAUCAGAGAUGCGUUGACGGUGUAUUAACAUCGGGUUGGGGAUCAUCUGCAGUGAAUAAUCCAUUCGUUAUAACUCCAUAUGAAGCUAUAUCAAGAUUUGCCAGAGAACAAGGUAUGGUUGUUGAUUUUACAAGUGAUGUGUGGGAAUUAGAUCACGUUGAAGAGUUAGCAGACUACACCGAUUUAGCAGUUGUAGUUGUAAAUGCCGAUUCAGGAGAGGGAUUUAUUGAAGUUGAUGAAAAUUUUGGUGAUAGGAAGAAUUUAUCAUUAUGGCAUAAUGGUGAUAAAUUAAUUGAAACAAUAGCGGAAAAAUGCCGCAAAACUAUUGUGGUAGUUAAUUCUGUUGGCCCUGUGAAUAUGGAAAAAUGGAUAGAGAAUGAAAACGUUGUUGGAGUUUUAUAUGCUCCUCCAUUAGGUCAAUUUGUUGGUCAAGCCAUUGCUGAAAUUCUUUUUGGAGAAAUUAACCCUUCUGGUAAAUUGCCGUUCACUAUUGCUAGGAAAAAGCAACAUUAUGUACCAAUAAUUGAUGAGUUAGGAGGCAUUAAGCAGCCACAAGAUAAUUUUGAUAGAGAUAUUUAUCUGGAUUACAGGUUUUUUGACAAACAUAAUAUCAAACCAAGAUUUGAAUUUGGGUUUGGAUUAUCGUAUACAAACUUUAAAUUAUGUAAUUUAAAGAUUGAUGAAAUUAGCUCACCAUCAGAGUAUUUGCCCUUCCCUGACGAAUAUUUACCAAUAUUUAAAACUAUUGAAGAUGAUGUCUGUGAUCCUGAAGAUGCUUUGUUUCCUCAUGACGAAUUUGAGGCUGUUCCGGGUUAUAUAUACCCAUAUCUUUAUAAUGAGAAUGUUCGUUCAAUCGAUGAUGGGGAUAAUUUUGAAUAUCCUGCUGGAUAUCAUCCUGAUCAACCAAUAGCACCUCCGUUAUCAGGUGGUGGCCUUGGCGGGAAUCCUGAUUUAUGGGAAGUUUAUUAUGACGUCAAUGUUGAAGUUAAAAAUGAAGGUAAGUACAAGGGAGGUUACGUAGCUCAAUUAUAUAUUGAAUUACCAAGUACUAUACUUCCUUCACCCCCUAAAAUUUUAAGAGGAUUUGAAAAAGUUUUCCUUGAACCAGGCGAAGCUACAAAUGUAUGCUUUAAGAUAACCCAUCGUGAUUUAAGUGUUUGGGAUACCCAAUCACAACAAUGGAUUAUUCAAACUGGUACUUACAAAAUUUAUGUUUCAAGUUCAAGUAGAAAGAUAGAGCUUAGCGGUGAAAUUGAUAUUGGCUGCUGA